AUGAUGACUGACUAUCGUAGUUGUCAAUAUGAUCAAGGCAGUGGUAACUAUGUUUAUAAUCCACAUCAAAAUUUGCUACAGCAUCAUUUACAUCCCACUACGACUCACCAUAAUCAACAGCAUCAAAUAUAUGAGACGGCAGCGGCCGUAUCUUAUGCUGCUAUGUUACCAACAGAAUUUGCUUCAAAUUAUACACAAUUAUAUCAUGGUAAUUUGCGUUAUCCGCCUUAUGAUAACACAACAUCACUGUAUCCUACUAAUACUUAUAACACUGCUCAAACAUCAAAUGAACUUGAAUCAAUAAAUGGUGGUUUGUUGCCUUAUACAUCAUCACCAAUCAAUGGAAAUUGUUCAUCACAUCAAUCCUCUUAUUCCAAUCGACUAUCUCCGUUACCGCCAUUACUCUCAACUUCCAGUAACACACCACUAACAAGAAAUAAUACCAGUCAAAACUUCUAUACCAAUUCUUCGAAUACUGCCAAAUCAGUCUUAUCACCGUUACAACCAACAAUUUCACCGAUUAAACCAUCAUUAACGCCAACAAAUCAAAAUUAUGGUUCACCAUCAUCAACAAUGUCUUCUUCGUUAUCGCCUCAUACAAGCGAUGAUGGAAAAGAGUUGUAUAAAGAUUUAUUACCACCAUCGAAAACUGAAUGUUCUGACAAUGAUAUUCACCACCACAUUUUAGCACCAUCGGAUAGUUGUGAUGGUACACGACGAUGUCUGUUGUGGGCAUGCAAAGCAUGUAAACGAAAAACAGUGACCGUCGAUAGACGAAAAGCUGCAACAAUGCGUGAAAGACGUCGACUACGUAAAGUAAAUGAAGCAUUUGAAACGUUAAAACGUCGAACAUGUCCAAAUCCCAGUCAGCGUUUACCAAAAGUUGAAAUAUUACGAAAUGCUAUUGAAUAUAUUGAAAAUUUAGAAGAUUUAUUACGUUCGGCAGGUGUUUCAGCAAGACAACUAAUUGAAAAACAAAAUUCAAAUAACAAUACAGCGACAGUAACAAGAGAGGAUUGUUCGGUAGGUUUUUACUUCGCUUUUGCAUAUAUCUAUUACGCAAAAGUUAAAACCAGCCGAUUAACAGCAAAAAAUUACAGUGAAAAAUAUGCCGAUUAUAAUUCGACAUCAGCACAAUAUUCAACAAUUGAAACAAAUAAUUAUGACGAACCGCAAACAUCGUCUGUAUCCAGUUUGGACUGUUUAUCAAUGAUUGUUGAAAGUAUUGAUCCAAAUAAAUUAUCAACAAGAUAA